UCCAGAAAAAAAUGAAUUAACCUGAACAAAUAUGAAAUACUUGAAAUGUAUUAAGAGAAGAAAAUGAAAUUUUAACAUGAUUCUUGUUAUGAAAUGGUUUGAGUUUUUGUAGAUCCACUGUGAUCUGUAACAUAAUGCACGUGUAAUGGAGAAGCUGAGACAUAAUCUUGUUAAAAUAGUACUUAUUUCUGUGUAGAAAUUCCAGUUUGUUCAUAGUUGCUCAUGUUUUUCACAUUUCUUUAAAGGACAGUUUGUAGAUGUCAACAUUUUCAUGAUGUCAUUUUACUUUUUCACUCUAAAACAUAGAGAAAAGUCUGAAGUUGUCAUUAUUUAAUAACCUUGAACCUGAACCUAUUGAUAGGUUAUUAUACUGGUCCGACCCACUUGAGAUCAUUUUGGGCUGUAUGUGGCACCUCAACUAAAAUGAUAUCGACGCCCCUGAUGUAAAUUAAUUAUAUAUUUGUGAUGUUUUUAAAGUGUUUUAGUUUAAAAAAGUUUUGCUGAACAUUUCUGAUGGCCUUGCACUCAACACUGUUCAUCAAAACUGGUCUGUCAUCUCCUUAAAACCUUGUCAAAAUAAUGAUGGUAACAACUUGGGCAACUCUAUCACAUGUACGGUGUAUCCUGUCUGUACUUCACCGGUUUAAUGAACUGAAUAAUUAAUAGUCAAACUGAUUAGUGUCUGUGUAAUCUCAUAAAGCCACGUCACGUUGCAGACUGUGUCAUUAAAUCUGAUGCUACCAUUAGUCUCCCAGCAGAAGUGCAGUCGUGCCAUAUGGGAAGGAAGAAGGGGAGUGCAUCGUCAUGAGACAGUUUUCCUCAGAGUUUGGGCGUCCAGCAGUGUCAAUCACACUCCGGGGUCAUAAAAACAUAUCUGGUAUGAGAAUGCAUUGACAUCUGAAUGUUACUGAUAAUGAACAAGGCAGCAGUGUAUUUGCCACAGAGUUGUUUCUUUGUCUGCAGACUGAGCCCCUGCUCUAAUCUGGGUUAUCUGGCUGUAAUCGGCUUAGCCUACUGCUGCUGCUGCUUUCUCCAGCCAUAGUCCACUUGUAUCUCCUUUUGCCAUUCAUAAAUACACCUGUCGAAGUCUGUGCAGCCGGACAUACUUUGCUGUGAAGUUCAGUUUACAGAUAAAAGCCCUCGAGGAGCCACAGUAUUCAGAGGGUCUCUGGGGAGUUCUAUCCCAAGUGCAGUCAUGGCUGAACGUCAAGAGAGGGGUUCUACUGAGGGAACGGUCGUGGCAGACAAGUACCCCAGAAAAAUACUGGAGUAUAUGGAAGGAUUCCUGAUCUCAAAGACUGUUUUUGCGUCCUGUGAGCUGGGUGUGUUCGAUGUGUUGCUGAGUGCAGAGCGCCCCCUGUCUGCAGAGGAGAUCUCUGAAGCGGUGGAGGCCAGUCUGGAUGGGACUCAGAGGCUGCUGGCCGCCUGCACUGGCCUGCAGCUGCUCAACACACACCAGGACAACGGACGAGUGUUGUACAGUAACACGGAGGAGGCGAGGGUCUACCUGACACGCUCCAGUCCGUUAUCUCUUUACCAUGCCAUCCAGUACAGUUCCAGAACCAUCUACCUGUCCUGGCACUACCUCACCGACGCCAUCAGAGAAGGGAAAAACCAGUAUGAGAAGGCAUUCGGCGUUAACUCUAAGGAUCUGUUUCAGGCUCUUUACAGGUCCGAUGAGGAGAUGAUGAAGUUCAUGCACUUAAUGAACUCCAUUUGGAACAUCUGUGGUAAAGACGUGGUCACAGCCUUCGACCUUUCGCCUUUCAAGGUUAUCUGCGACCUCGGCGGCUGCAGUGGAGCAUUAGCUAAGCAGUGCACGUCAGCCUACCCAGAAUGCACUGUGACGAUCUUUGACCUCCCCAAGGUGGUGCGUACUUCCAGGGAACACUUUGUCACGGAGGCCGACCAGAGAAUAGCGUUCCACGAGGGAGACUUCUUCAAAGACCCCCUGCCCGAAGCCGACCUCUACAUCCUCGCCAGAAUCCUUCAUGACUGGACAGACCAGUGCUGUGUGGAGCUACUCAGCCGAGUCUACAAAGCCUGCAAACCAGGAGGCGCUGUGUUGCUGGUGGAGGCGUUGCUCCAUGAAGAUGGUUCUGGCCCACUGACAGCACAGCUCUACUCCCUGAAUAUGCUGGUGCAGACGGAGGGUCGGGAGAGGACAGCUGUCCAGUACGCUGCCCUGCUGACUGCUGCCGGCUUCACCGCUACCCAACACCGCUUCACCGGAAAGAUCUACGACGCUGUCCUGGGCCGCAAAGAGACAUGAGACUGACAAGUACAUGACUCCUCGGUUUGCCUACUUUUAGAGGUCAACAAAAAACCUUCUCUACUUAUACUUCGUACUCUGAAAUAUCCUGCAUCCUUUUAUACGUGCUUCUGUAGUGUGCAAACUUUGGAAUCUAAUUUCAAGUCCUUGGGCCCAGUUUAUGACUGACCCCCUAAAUUUAACAGAGCUGCUCGAGUGCCACUUUGAUUUUUAAUAUUUUUGGCAGAUAAACAGCUGCCAGUUUAAUUACGUGUUAAUGUUAACUUUUUAAAUAAAGGUUUAGCUUUAUAGGAGUUGAAUAAAAUGUUGUCGUAAACAACAUCAAAGAUUUUGCAAAUUCUGAACUGUAAGUUUUUAGAUUUAGGCAAUAAGAGCACUUUGUUUUGAGUCAGGAAAGGAUUCUGAUUUGGUUUAAAUAUUAAUAAAUGCACUUUGAGUCUUUUUUUUUGAAUAGCACAUUUUUGCAGCCUUUUUCUGUGUUAAUUUUAAGUAGGAAGUUCUGGCGCAACUUCACUUACAUCUAAAAUGUAUGAAGAAGGAGAAAAACUUUCAACAGGUCAAGAACUCUGCAGCACUUAUGUAGAAUAAUUUUAUUUAUCUCUAAAUUUUAUACCUACGAAUUUCAGCUUUAGCCUUCAUCAGGGUCAGCCUUUUUAAGUAUUAAACCAAGGCCUGAUAUUAAGGACAAGUAGGGCCACGCUGAAGAUUAAAAAAAAAAAAAAAAAAUGCAACAUUUUGAGAAUAAUGUCAUAAUAUUUCAAGAAGUCAUCAAAUUAUGACAAUUAAGUCAUUGUUUUACUUGAAAGAAAGUCAGAUUUUUUAUGGGAGUGAAGUCAUAAUUCUACAAGUCUAAAGCAACAACAGGAGGCAAGAGUGAAAGUUAUCAGAGAAGCUUGAAAGUUUGAAUGUGUGAAUAUCUUUCCACCUUCUACUAAACCUAAAAGAGUGAGUAUUUAAUUUGCGAAACCUAUACUAAAGUAUGAUUUACGGAGUUUCAUCAUUGUAACACAGCUGAUUGACUAUUCCUCAAAUUUUUUCCCCUUCUUUAUGAGUUUCCUCUCAUAAAAUUACAACUUCUUUCAUUAAAUAUUAUGACUUUAAUCUCAGAAUUUUACAACUUGUUCUUGAAAGAUCAUACUUUUCUUUUUUGUUUUCAGCAUGGCCCUAAUCCUCCUUUGUAUCGUAUCAUUCCCUAAUUGUAGCACAUAAAAAAAAAAAAGUAGUAAUAUUGUCCUUUGAAAGAGACAGGGUAAUUAUUAAAAUCUAAUUUUAUUCAAAGUGCCAAAAUAGCCACAAGCAAUUUCACACUAUAACCUUGAUAUACACAUAUGGCAAAAUGUUGAAAAUGAUUAAACGUGUAUUAAACGUCUAUGGUUUGAUGACCAAACACAGGCAACGUUUUAUUUUACUGAAUGCCUUGAUAACAUAAUCUAAAACUUAUGAAACUGAGCACAAAGUGAAUACAGAUACAGAUGAACUUUAUUGAUCUCCAGGCAAAAUCCCUUUUUUUUUUUCCAUCAACUCAAUAAAAAGAAGAAAAUUAAACAAAAAUGAGAACAAAGCCUAUCAAUACAUGAAUCAUCAGACGGAGUUAGUGUAUCAGUCUGAAAGCAGUGGACACGAAAGAUCAGAAGAAAUGCAGAAUUACCUCCGACACGACCCCGUAAAGCAGAUCGCUAACAGUAUAAAACCAUCCGAGUUUUAGCAUAACCUGUUGUAAACCAAUAGAUAUAGAUAGUAAAGUUCAACCUGUUCCAUGCACCAUGUAGUGUGAGCUUGCAGAUGAAGAACCUCAUUGCAUAUCUUUCCUCAUUAUUCCAUUUUAAUCCCCGUGUCUGAGCUGCUCACCUCUUACUGCUCCUAACAGCCCAGUAAAGCUCUCUUUGUAUCGUAUUCUUUGUAAUGAUAGAUGGGACUCAAUAAAUCGUUUUCACAAUG